UCACUGAUCAUACAGCUAAGGGGAAGUGAGAUUAAGGCAAGAUGUACCUGUUAUAUAAUUCGAUUGUGCGCUGAAGAAAAGCAACCUGCCCCAAGUGAAAAGAAGCGCUACACAGGGAGAAGAUCACUAACUUCCUGUUUUGUGUCUUCAGACAACGAGACUGUGCAAACCAGCAGCGAUCGGAGCAAAUGGGCGGAGCGCCAGGAGUUCAUAACGCAACACCGCCCGCUUGCAGAAGGCUCUCUGAGGGUUUGUCAGCAACAGAUGCCCAGUCCAGGCUGCUUAAGAAGCCCUCUUAAGAACCUACCACUCCAAUUAAUCCCGAGGAGGCGGAAAUCCACACGUCUGAGCGGGCAGUUACACAAACUUGUUACCUGCUACCUGACUCCACGACGAAGAUGAAGACGAGCGCCUCUCUGCAGGCGUACGUUAACCGUGCGACACCGAAGCCCGCUAUCAGCAAACGAUUUGGACCAGAAGCGGGAAAGCGUCCGUGAGGGAUAGCUGCUGGUCGCGACUCAGAUUCUCUCUCAGACACUCACACACAUUAAGCCUCGGUAAGCUCCUGCAGAGUUGAUCGCAGGCCUGCAUGAGCAUCACUGGCGACGUUGCUGCUGCUACUACGGAGUUUCCUCGGGACUGCUCGCGUCGUUAACAUGGAAACGUUCACCGAUGUGCUGCUUGUCACCGCAAACGUCGGCUCACUCUUUGACAAUGUCGGUGAAAUUCAAAGUGAAUGGUUAAAACAACUGUACAAGACUAUCCAGAGCUACAAGCCACAGUUCAUUGCCCUGCACUUCCAGGAGGUUGGAGGAAAGGACUACAUGUUAAACAUGGGCCAUGCAGAAAACUUCUUCUGGACCCUCGAGUCCAGUGAAGAAAUGAAAGACUUUGACAGGUCUUGCAUUUAUGUGGACAACCAGUUCAAAGUAGAAGAUAGCUUCACGGCUUUGGGGAGCAUGUACUUCAUCCACAAGACACUGAAAAAUAUACAACAGUAUGACUUUCAUGUUAAGAAUUUUAAAGCAGUGCUGGAGAAGAACAGGUAUAUGGGCUCUCUGGACAGGGUCACCACCGUGGAGAAAGAAAAAUUCCCAAAGAAUUUCUGGCCUGAUUUCAAGUGGUCCAGAAAGGGCUUCAUGAGGACCCGCUGGAUUAUACACAACCAAGGUCUAGACCUGGUAAAUGUCCACCUGUUCCAUGAUGCCUCUAACCUCAUUGCCUGCAACUCCAGUCCUUCCAUUUACUCAGCCAACCGCAAUAACGCUCUCAGAUAUGUCAUCAGCAGGAUAUCAGACAGUCGGCAAACCGUGCUGCCUUUCUUUGUGUUUGGAGAUUUCAACUUCCGUCUGGAUACACUUAGUCUGGUCCAGGAUUUGUCCACUGCUGCCGAUGUGCAGACGGUGAAGAAGGACAGCAGUAACGAAGUGCAGAGAAUCAUAUAUGAAGAAAAGGAUAACGACCACCAGGUUCUGCUUCGAAUUGAGGAGAAGCUUUUCGCCUACCUGCACCAGGCGGUUUUCAGAGAGGACAAUGGCAGAGCACUUUUGAAGUAUGACAAAGAAGUUGCAGCCUUCCAUGAUGUCAUCAGGGAACAGGACAUCAUGUUUCCACCAAGCUACCCAUACAGUGAAGAGCAUGCUAAACCAACCCAGUACAUGAACACUCGCUGUCCUGCCUGGUGUGAUCGCAUCCUUAUGUCACAUACAGCCCAAGAUUUAAUCCACAGGAGAGACGAUGGUGAGAAGAGUGUCGUUUACAACACAAUGGGUCCUAAUGUCUGUAUGGGAGAUCAUAAGCCUGUGUUCUUGUCCUUCUCACUGAAGACAAAUGACCACAUCUGAUACUUCUAAAUGGUCUGUAACCACAGCAUCCUCAGAGGCUGAUCAGUGUGAUUGUUCUCCACUACAACCGUCCCAUCAGCCACCAAAAAUAAGCCAGCGUUUCACUCAGCCUCAGCUAAGCUCCCUGCCACACACUGCUGACCACAGAUCUCGUAUCAUGUAACCCAGAUUUAUCAAGACGUGUCAAGAGUUUUUGAGAGUUGUUCCUGUUCACCGCUUCCUCUGGGAUUUUUUAAAAGUCCCCUCUACCCGAAACCUCGGAGUCACCAGGGAUAAUCCUGCAAAUCCUACCUGCAGCUGCACAUUCAUGAGACACAUCAAGAAUUUUUAAAAUUAUUUUUAGCUCAAUUGAUUGUAUUUCAUGUUUUUUCAAUGCCGUCCAUUUUACAGGCAGUGUCGAAAAUUACCAAACUUUGUAUGAAUGUCAAUUUACUCAUUUCUUACUGGCCCUAACUAAAGGCAUUUUAUUCUAAAACACCCAACUUAAGCAACAAUUAACAAAAGAUUCAGGAGAGGACUGGGUAUAAUAUGAGCCACAGUUUGUGUAGUAGUGGUGUCUUGAAAAGGGAAAUAUCAAACCCUCGUGGUCAUGUGUGCACGCUUUUAGUUUGUUUUUUUAUGCUCUAUUUAGUACAUGCAUCUUUGCUUUGCCAUCACCAUAGCAUUUUUUAAAUGACGAGGGAAGCACAGCUGUCUUUGCUUCCAGGUGUCAUGUGUGAAUGAUCUCCGCUGAUAAAACAGGAUUUGUGACAGAUUUCCUACUUUUUUCAUACAGGUUGCUACUUCAUACACAUCAGCUCCAGUCAUGACAGAUUGGAUUUUUAAUAGUGGUGUUAUGAUGAAAUGAAAGUAGACAGGCAAAAGAAAAAAAGGCCAGUAACAUUUUAGCAGCAGUGGUGAGAGCUGAAUGGAUUACCGCCAGCAUCCAAAAUGAACUUGUGUAUCUCUCUUAUUUCCCGAGCUGUAUUAUACACAUUAUACCAAGUGCUUUAUUACCUUGACUUUGCAUUUCUUCUCCAAUUAAUUUGAGCUGUCCUCCUCCAGUUUACUAUGCAGGAUGUCUGGUCAGACUUCACCCUGCUGCGGUCGGCGUCAGCUGUAUUUCAUUGCCAAAAAGAAUCACGCUGUAGUUAUGCUGUAGUGUGUGCGUCUGUUUUGAUUACCUGGCAUCAAAUAAAUUACAUUAAAAAAAACAAAUCCUGUGCAUAAUCACAUCUGUGUACCCACACUCAACAGAGGGGGCGCUGUUUGCUUUUGAAUUAUUGCAUUUAUCUUUGAUCCUUGUCUCUUACUGCAGCACCAGUGUAGUAAUAUCAUGUGUGAGUUAACAAGGCUUUGGCAAUUUUGACUAAUUGAUUCUGUUUAAAGUGUGUUUGUUGCUUUUUGGGUGUUUUAUGGGAGAGCAUUUUCCUAUAUUCAUCACAAAAAUGCUUUUUUGAUGCCCAGAUUCAGAACUUUGGCACGAUGUUUGUAAAGUGUGACUGUAGCCUCAUCGCAACGAGAAAGAGCAACGCAAAUGUCUGUUUGUGAUAAAUGCUUUGUCACAGGAGUGGAGCUGGUUGUAAACACUACAUUUGUGAUAUUUCACUUUUGUAAAUAAAGUAUCACCCUUUGUUGCACUUUUGUUUUUUGUUUUUGGGGGUUUACAAUCAAGUCACGCCUCUUAUGGGAAAGCAAAGGUUGUAAACUAUGUAAAUGACCUCAUUUCCCGAGAGCAGUUAACCCUGACAGGGUAGGUAAUGAUCUGUGUACCAAGUUACUUUUUUUAUGACUUUAAUGACUAAAAAUAUUAUAAAUAAACUAUAUUCUCACUUA